ACCCCAAUAAAUAGGAGACUGGGGAUGUCUGACGCUCAUUCUGCCCUCCAGCCUACCAGGAUCAAAAGAGAGCUCCAUCUGCCCUCCAGGAGUCUAACUAUGAACUUCGUCUCCACAAGCACUUUCAGUCUAGUUGCCUUCUGCCUGGGGCUGCUCCUGGUGAUGGCUUCUGCUUUCCCCACCCCGCCACUCCUGGAAGGAGAUUCCAAAGAUGAUGCCACCUCAAACAGACCACCACUCACCUCUCCAGACAAAACCGAAGAACUCAUAAAUUUCAUCCUUGCCAAAGUCUCUGUACUGAGAAAGGAGAUGUGUGACAAAUAUGACAAGUGUGACAACAGCAGGGAGGCACUGGCAGGCAACAAUCUGAACCUUCCAAAGAUGACAGAAAAAGACAGAUGCUUCCAGUCUGGAUUCAAUAAGGAGACUUGCCUGAUGAGAAUUGUCACUGGUCUUUUGGAGUUUCAAAUAUACCUGGAUUACCUGCAGAACAAGUUCGAGGGCAGUAAGGGAAAUGUCCUUGUUGUGCAGAACAGCAUCAAAGCCCUGGUCCAGAUCCUGAAGCAAAAGGUAAAGAAUCCAGAAGAAGUAACCACCCCUGAUGCAACUGCAGAUGCCAGUCUGCUGUCUAAGUUGCAGCCACAGAGCGAGUGGCUGAAGAACACAACAAUUAACCUCAUCCUGCGAAGCCUGGAGGAAUUCAUGCAGUUCAGCCUGAGGGCUGUUCGGUUCAAGUAACCUGGACAUCCAAGAUCAUUGUAGUUCAUGGGCAUUCCUUCACCUGGUCAGAAACCUGUCUGGUAGGCACAUAACUUAUGUUGUUCUCUAUGAGGAACUAAACAGUAUGGGCGUUAGGACACUAUUUUAGUUAUUUUUAACUUAUUGAUAUUUAAAUAUCUUGAGAUA